GAGGAGAUCUUGUAGAGAAGCUCCCUGUCGUCGUAACCUCUCUCUCGGCGCAGCGGCAACAUGUGCAGAUGCAGCUCGGAGUGUGUCUUCUCACCUUUAGUGAUGGAGCCAACACAAUACCUGCAAUUAAAUAAGGGGAAGCCCACACACACAUGGGGUCUUUUGGAUCGAUGGUGCUCCAGACCUUACCAAUGUUGAUCCAAACGAUGAAGCUAAACUUCAAGAAAUUGCUGAGUUUUUUGAUAAACUUUUGAUAACUGCCGUCAACCCAAAUUUGAAUUGUGAGUGUCAUGGACCACAUCCGUGCCGAACAUUGUUCCAAGAUGUGAUGAACAAAACAAAAGAAGAAAUAGAUGAGGAUUUAGCUCAACUUUUGGUGAAAUGUCAAAGGCAUACUAAAUGUUCCGAAGAGUAUUGUUUAAAGGCUAAGAGGGGUGGCCUGAAAAAAUGCAGAUUUAAAUUUCCCUUUACUGUUCGAGAAAGUGGAUUAUUUUAUUUUGAUGAAAAUGGGGAAUUGCAAUACGAGCCUGCGAGGAAUGACCCAUUGCUUAACAAAUUUCAGGCGUUAAUCAUGCUCAUAUGGCGGGGGAAUUUUGACAUAUGACCUGUCUUAUCCAAGAAAUUACUUUUAAUUUAUCUAUCAAAGUAUAUUUCUAAGUCUGAAAUAAGAUCAUCAUCAUUGAGGGAAUUGUUUCAAGUGGUCUUUAGUGAUUUUGGUGAUGGAGAUAAUAUUCUGAGGCCAAUCCGAAGACUGUACAUUCGCACAUGCUCUGACAGAGAUUAUUCUGCCCAAGAGGUUUGCCAUAUCUUGUCUGGUAGAAACCUUUUCACUGCUGGGGGUAGGAAAUUUGUAAAUGUAAAUUUAAAAAUGGACAAUGCACACACAAGGGUAAUCCGAGAUAAUGUUCAAAGUGGCAAAACUGUUCUUGAGAAAUAUGAAACUAGGCCAGAAAGACUUGAAAAUGAAUCUUUGAUGAACUUUUGCAAGAAGUAUAAUGUGACUAAUCCAAAAUGUUUUAAGAAAGUUAAAGAGAACAUUGUUAGGGUAUUUCCUAAACUGACAAAGAAGUCUAAUGAUGAUGAGAAUGAGAUGUUCUAUAGACAACUUGUGUUGCUUCAUGUUCCAUGGAGGGAUGUGACUACUUUUGAAACUAUGAACCAAUCCUGGAAACAACUCUAUGACUUUUAUAGAAUUGGAGUGGCAGAUGGUUUGCAUCUUGAUCCUGUCGAGGUUGCUUGUGAGGAAGAUGAAGAAGAAAAUUUGGAAUCAAGUGGAAGUGGAAGAUGAGAACUUGGAAGAGUUUAUGGUGUUGGCUAGAAUGGGACCAAACCGUACAGCACCACCUGUAGAUAUAGGUUUGAGAGAAUCUGACUUAAAUUUCAAUUGGUCAGAGGAGGCUAAAAACUACACUAAUUUCAUGUCUUUAAAUGAACUGGAAAAUUUUAUCAAGGUCAAGAAAGCAGAAGCCAAGGGCUCCUCUAUAAACGACUCGCUAUGCAAUCCUGAUGCAUAUUCUUUGAGUGAAGAUCAGGAAGCUGUUGUUGAUCAACUCCAUGAACAGUUGCAAUGUAUUGUAUUGGAUGUAACAAGGACCGAGAUACCAUAUAUUACAAUAGUUCAAGGAAAAGCAGGAACAGGUAAAAGCCAUUUAAUAAAUUGCCUAAGGUGGAAGGCACAUGAAGUUUUACAGUGUCAGGAAUCUGUCAUGGUACUUGGCCCAACAGGAGUCUCAGCCUUAAAUAUUCGUGGUCAAACCAUACAUUCUGCUCUACAUCUACCUACGCAGAGCAAAGAUUUUCAAGACUUGAGUGGAGAUGCCCUUAAAAAGUUUUCCACUAGCAUGAAAAAAGUCAAAGUGUUGAUCAUUGAUGAAUAUUCCAUGGUUGGAUGCAGAAUGCUUAGACAAAUAGAUCUUCGAUGCAGGCAAGGGAAAGGUGUCAAUGAGCCGUUUGGAAAGUUGUAUGUGUACAUGUUGGGGGACAUUAGACAACUUCCUCCGGUAUGUGACACGGCUUUAUACAAAACCCCUAAGGAACCCGGUCUUGCUGAACAAGGCAAAGCAUUGAUUGCCAGUGUUGACAAAGUUUUCUUUUUGAGACAGUGUUUUAGACAGCAGGAUCCUUCAUUCCAAGGUAUUCUUGAUCGAAUUAGUACAGGUGACAUUACACGUCAAGACUAUGCUGUCCUAUCUAAACGCUUUACCUGCAAUGUUUCUGAACAUGAACGUUCACAAUUCAAGGACGCUGUCCGUUUGUUUGGUAUGAAGAAGCAAGUUGUGGCUUAUAAUUAUGAGUCAUUAAAAAACUUGAAAUGUGAUGGUACAGGUGACAGUGCCCCUGUAGCUAAAGUGAUUGGAAAGCACAAUAACACGGAAGCAGUCAAAGGAACAAGUGACCAAGCUCAGGGACUGCAACAUACUGUAUAUUUGGGAAAAUCAUCUCAAGUAAUGUUGACAAACAACUUAUGGACAGACAAGGGAUUGGUGAAUGGGGCACAAGGAGAGAUUGUUCACAUUGUGUAUGAAGAUGGAGAAGAACCACCACUUGGAAUGCCAAAGGUUGUCAUGUGUAAAUUCAACAAUUACAGUGGACCUGGUGUUGGUGCAAAGAAUGUGGUGCCUAUACCUGCUAUCACAAAAUCGUGGACAAGUAGUGGUAUUCAAUGCACCAGAACACAAUUUCCACUUAAUUUGUACUAUGCAUGUUCAGUGCACAAGUCUCAAGGAAUUACUGAAAAAAAGGCUUACGUGGAUAUUGGUGACAGUGAAUUCGUCCUUGGGAUAUCAUAUGUAGCCUUUUCUCGAGUCAAAACAUUGGAUGGAUUGUUAAUAAAACCAUUCCCAUACGAAAGAUUGUCAGAUCUUAAAAAUUCAAAAAGUAUGAAGGAGCGUUUUGAAUUUGAAGCCUUUUUAGAAAAAUUAUCCCAUUAAAUAUGAAUUCCAUUGUAGUAACUUACUGAAAAAUAAAUUUGUGUUGAAUGAUUGGAAAAUCAAUGUUUAUAGCAAUUAUUGACCUAUACCUGACAUGAACAUUGAACUAAAAAGUCAUGAAUUGUUUCUCAAGGGUGAUCAUAUCAUUUUUCCGGAAAAGUUUGAGCUAUGAACUGAUAAUGUUGAAAAUAAAAACCAAAUUAUGUAAUUUGAGGUCUUUAUAGAAAGGAAAAGAGACAUUUAAAUAAUGAUAAAAACAAUUAAAAUAGAGUUUUAAAAAAACUAGAAAAUAUUAAAACACAUUAAUAUAAAAUAAAAGAUGGCAAAACUAACAAACUAGAAAAAAAAUAGCAAAACCAACAAACUACAAACACAUACAAAUUAAAAUAAAAUGUCAAAACUAAACAACUACAAACACAUAACACACAUCAUAUGAUAAAAACUU